GCUGCACACUCGGCUGCGGUGGGGCAGGAAAUGCCACUUUUGCACCUUAAAUUGCAACAUUUGUAACUAGUCCACAUCUCGUUAACAUGAAAUUCGGUAGAACGCUUGUCAAGUACCAGGUCCCAGAGUGGUCCGCACAAUACAUUGCAUACAAGUCCCUCAAAAGAGCAAUCAAGCAUGCAAAGCGACUACUUGAUGUCAAAGGUCCUAAAGACAGUGAAACGGAGGAGGCGAUUACCGCAUUUAUCAAAAUGGUGGAGAUAGAGGCAAAGAAGAUCAAUGGAUUUUGGUCGAACCAAUACUCUGCAACAGAACGCCGACUUCGUUUGAGCAAAGAGCAACUAGAACAAAAAGAUGUCAGAUCGAUUCCCAACGAUGAGGUUGUAGAAACAAUAAACGAAAUCAAAGUGCAACUUUACCUAGUCCUUCGAUAUCUUGAAAUGAACCGAACUGGAUUUCGGAAGAUCUUGAAAAAAUUUGACAAGAAACUAGAUGUGGAGUUGAGCGAAAAACUAUGGGCAGAAAAGGUCGCUGUGUACCCAUUCUGCACAGACACAUCUUUGGAGAACAUGUUGCAGGUUGUCGAUGAUCUGAGCGAAAAGGCUCAGAGUAUCCAACAUAGUCUAUGGGAUGAUGCACAAGCGACUCCGUCCCCCGAUAUCCAUUAUGCAUUUCCGGCCGAAGUCCAGGCCGCGCUGAAAGCUGAUGAUGUCACGCUACUGAGUAUAGUGAUGGAAAAGAUUCGAUCACCGGCUCCGGGACAGGCUUUGAGUACAGCAGAGGAGAAGCGCACAUACUGCUCUAUUCUUGUCAAAGCGUGCCAGAGAAACGCAUUGAAGUGCAUUGCACAUCUCGUUCAGCAACCGGAUCUCGUUAGCACUCCUCUACCCGGUGAUAUCAAUCAGCGAACUAUUCUUCAUCGGCUAGCUGUGUUGGGUCCGAACCUCCUUCGUCAACCCGGAGGUGGUAUGGUCCCUUCGUCCGGCAUCGGAAGGGAUGAUCCUACUUUACUUCAGUACAUUCUCUCCCAUAUACCAAGCAACGUGGCGAACUCUGCUCUCCGCGUCAAGGAUUUUCUCGGCAGAACGCCUUUGCAUUACACAGCCCUUUACGGGAUGCCGAGCACAGCGAAGGUGCUCCUUAACUUUUUGUCUGAUGGCAUCCUGAAAGGGAGCCAAUGGGUAGAUGAUGAUGGUCACUCCCCUCUUUUCUACGCUGUUGUAAGGGGAUUUGUAGACGUUCUGUUGGUGCUAUUGCCAAGAUGGAACAAUGUCGACGAGCUGGGUGAUGCCUUCCAAGACACGGAUCUUGUAGAACAUCGACAACUCCAAUCGUACGUCGCGGGGCAACAGAUCAAUCCAGGGGAAAGCGUCUUAUCAUCUCCUCUCAUAACACCAUCCCAGUCCAUGGCUGCCCUCAUGGACAUUCCUCUUCAGCCAACGCGGACGAACCCUAGCACUCCAUUGGCAUUAGCUUGCACCUUUGGCCAUGCUGAAGUGGUCCGUGUUCUCUUGGAGCACGGGGCAAAUAGCAAUGUGUGCAAUGACGAUGGCGAGAGCCCAUUGCAUCUUUGCGCCCGGGGUGGGCACAUCGUCUGUGUGCGGUUGCUGCUAGGACAGGUAGAUGGUGCAACAUGGGCCAAAGCGAACUGUGACUCCAAAGAUCGAUCAUUUGGGCGUACACCGCUUUUCUUGGCUGCAAUGGAGGGUCACAUUGAAUGCGUUAAAGCUUUGCUUGACGCCGGUGCGUCUGUACAAAUUGUGGACUCAGCAGGAUUGAAUCCACAUGAAUACGCUGUGUUCCGAGCUCAUAACGAGGUUGCCGCCAUUCUUCGUUCCCACGUUACCCCUUACACGGUCAAGCCCGCAAACAUUGAAAUCAGCUCGGUCGCGCAAGCUGUGGUCGUCGAAAGAGCCUACGGACAUAGAUAUUUAAAAGGCCAAUCAAUGAUUCGUCUAUAUCUUGGAUCUCUGGACCUUCGGCGACGAGACCCGCCCGUUCGAUUGGACGACAAACGUAUUCCAGCGCAAAUGGCACCAGGAACAUUUCGUUUAACUAUAUCUGCAAAGAACGCGGUGGGAGACCCUGCAAUCUUCGAUCUUCCGCUUUUAGAGCCCGUUCCGGAGCCAAUUGUGUUUUACGCGGAGAAUUUUGAACAAGUCUCUCUGCAGUUUGAUAUCCACCCUGCAUAUGGGGAAGCGACAAAGAAAGCUCGGUUAAUUGGCAGGGCCAGCGCGCUUCUUUCCACUGUCAAAACGUCGCUAUGGCAGGAAAAGACGCCACUGGGUGGGAGUGUUGAUGUACCGAUUAUGAGCUCCCAUAGUUUGGAGAUCAUUGGAUCCGUGACAUUUGAGUUUGUGGUUGUGAAGCCAUUUGUGCAUGGUAACCUUAAAGGAGAUGGAGCGAGAACCUGGAGAUCGCAAAUGACCAAGGUCGUUGGACACCGAGGAUUGGGUAUGAACAAGGCAGCUCACGUAGCCAACGGACGCGGCCAUCUACAGCUAGGGGAGAACACAUUGCUCUCCUUCAUCACGGCGGGUGCCUUGGGCGCCGAAUAUGUUGAAUUCGAUGUGCAAUUAACGAAGGAUCUGGUUCCUGUACUGUACCAUGACUUUAGGGUAUGGGAAACCGGUUACCACCUACCUCUAAGUGCCCUAACAGUGGAAGAAUUCCUCGCCCUCCGACCUAAAGAACGGCCCUCCCGUAAACUUGCUUGGGCAACCAACGGACAUUUGCGGCGCACCAUGAGUAUGAGCGAUGCAUCCGAAGAGAGUUUGAAGGCGGCUGAUGAGCGGGCUUCAUGGCCUACUCGUGGGAAUGAUGACGGGUCGGUUCAGUUACCAUUCGCAACGUUGGAGGAGACGCUAAAGAAAGUGCCAACAAAGAUCGGGUUUAAUGUUGAAGUCAAAUAUCCUAAUUUACAGGAAGCCGAACAGGAUGAGCUCCAAAAUGCGGAAAUCAAUGUCUUCUGCGACAAGAUCUUGGAAGGUAUCUUUGAUAACGCUGGAGAUAGAAAUAUAUAUUUCUCGUCCUUUCACCCGGAAGUCUGUUGGAUGUUGAGUAUGAAGCAGAACCACUACCCCGUCUUUUUCUUAACCGAAGGUGGAACUGAUACCACCUACGACGCUCGCUGCAAUUCCCUCCUCGACGCCGUGCGAUUCGCAACUCGAGCAGGAUGUCUUGGCAUCGUAACAAAGGUGGAUCCGAUUCUGGAAGCACCUGGGCUGAUUCGCGCCAUAAGAGAAAGCGGGCUCCUGCUUUUUACCUAUGGUGGUUUGAAUAACGAGGUGGAGAAUGCGAAAUUGCAAAGGAGUUACGGGGUUGAUGCUAUAAUCGUUGAUAAAGUUAGGAGUGUUUUUACCGAAUUCCAGAAAGUGUAGAUGAUUGUGUGGAUAUUUUGGGUAGAAUAGGACUACGGUAGAUGUUGUAUUGGACAUUGUUUUGUAUGAAUUGGACUUGAAUCAUGAGAAUUACUAGAUCAUGACAACGCCAAUCGUUUAUUCACCUAAGUAUACUCAAACAACAU